AUGAAAGUCUCCAGACGAAUUGACGGGUCGAUAUGCGGCGCGAUCCUCUUUUUGCACCGCCCGUCGUCGUCAACGUCGUCGACCUGGCAAUGGCAGACCAAUAUCUUACCUGCGUGUUAUAACCAUGGCGGAGGGUCGGGGAGGGGUUUUCUGAAUCAUCACUACCGCUCGACAGCCCCGCUUCACUAUGCCUUGACCCUCCCGACCCUCCGCCGAUUCUCGACCAUCCGAUUCUGGAGCUCCUUCCGGCCGUCGUUGGCUUAUUUAGCAAAGAGCAACACCGCGAGAGCUACACCUCCAGCACCGGCCAACGACGAAAUAUCACCUUUGUGCUCCGAGCCAGACCCAGGGUCAGAAACAGUCCACCCUCCACCAGGCCACUCCAAAGAAGAGCUCCUCGCCCUCGUCGACCCCUACGAUGGGGAACCCAUCGCGCCCCUGAGCGAUUAUGUCGAGUUGCAUGCUGAUCCCUACAUGCGCGGUUAUGCCCAAGCCGACACCCCCAAGAUUUCCCUCGCCAAAACCAAAGAACAAGUCGAGUACCCUGCUCCCGACGAGGUUAUCCGCCCCCGGAAUCAACAAGAUGAACAAAUCCUCUUCGAGCUGCGCUUCGCCGUCAGAUACCACCUCAUCAAGCCCGAAAUGGGCGACCUAGACACCGUUUACUCCCUGUACCAGCGCCUCCCCGAACCGAAAAUCCUGCAUCUCGACGCCAACUUUCGACAUCAACUAUUGAAAGCCCUCGGUCAACCUCCCAAGCUGAAUGCCAGAUCCAUGAUGCGCUACUUUACUGUGAUUGGCGAUGUCAAAAACAGCGGGAUUGCCCUGACGAGAAGUGAGUGGAACAGGGUCAUUCACUUUGGCAGCAAAUACGUCGGCAGAAUCACAGAGGUGGAAAACGAGCAGGCGUUGAAGAUGUGGAGGGAGAUGGAGAUUGACGCCGGGAUCAAGGGGAACGAUGUCACGUUCAACAUUCUGUUCACUGUCGCCUGCAAAGCGGGCAAUUUUGUGCUGGCCGAGAUGAUUUACAAGGAGAUGGAGCAGAGAGGGCAUGUGUACAAUCGGUAUCACUACGUCAGCCUGAUUUACUACUUUAGUCUCAAGUACGAGACUGGGGGGAUGAGGGCGGCGUACCGGGAGAUGGUGGAGCGGGGGGAGAUUGUCGACACGGUGGUGCUGAACGCCAUGAUGUCGGGAUUGCUGAGGGCGAGGGAGGAGACGGCGGCGGAUAGGAUAUAUGAGAGGAUGAAGGCUGCGAAUUCUGACUUGGGGGAGGUGCCGAUCAAGGGGGGGAUGACGGAGAGGGCGAUCACGCAGGCGUUGAUGAUGAUGGGGAAGUUGGGGAGGAGGUUCCCCGAGCAGAGGGAGAGGUUUCAGAGCAUGGCGUUGACGACGCCGGACCUGCAGACUUAUAGGAUAUUGGUGAAUUACUAUGGGAAGCAGGGGGAUUUGGGGAGGGUGGCGAGGUAUGUGGAUGAGAUGAAGUAUUUUCAGAUUCCGCUGCACGGGGCGAUUUUUUUGGGGCUGUUCAAGGGCUUUGCGAGGCACGGGAGGUUGCACAGGAGUGCGUGGUCGGAGAGGCAUUUGGAGGAGAUUUUCAAGGCGCUGCUGAGGGCUGUGGGGGAGAGGGGGGGAGGUGACGGGGGUGCAUUUGCAGACUUGGUUGGUGGUUUGGGUUUUGAGGGCGUUUGA